AUGUCAUCUAUACAUAGAGGGGAUUCCAGGAGGUUCAACAAUAAACCAAGAGCACGACAUCAUUUGACAACACAGAAGAGACAGGAGAUCAAGGAAGCUUUUGAACUAUUUGACACUGAUGGCUCAGGCACUAUUGAUGCUAAGGAGCUGAAUGUUGCCAUGAGAGCCCUUGGAUUUGAGAUGACAGAAGAGCAAAUUGAGCAAAUGAUAGCAGAUGUUGACAAGGAUGGGAGUGGAGCAAUCGACUAUGAUGAAUUUGAGCACAUGAUGACAGCCAAAAUAGGAGAAAGGGACACUAAAGAGGAGCUCAUGAAAGCUUUCCAUAUUAUUGAUCAAGACAAAAAUGGUAAGAUAUCUACAAAUGACAUCAAGCGCAUUGCAAAAGAGCUUGGUCAAAAUUUUACUGAUAGAGAGAUUCAGGAGAUGGUUGAUGAAGCAGAUCAAAAUAAUGAUCGAGAGGUUGAUCCGGAGGAGUUCGUUAGGAUGAUGAACAGAACAAGCUUCCGUCACUAG